AUGUCUGUCACACUACACACGACAGCAGGCAACAUCAAGAUCGAGGUCUUCUGCGACAGCGUCCCCAAGACCGCCGAGAACUUCCUCGCCCUCUGCGCCUCCCACUACUACGACGCCUCGCCCGUCCACCGCCUCAUCCCCGGCUUCAUGGCCCAGGCCGGCGCCCCCGCGAACCCCUCGCCGCCCGACAACCCAAAGGGCGGCCGCUCCAUCUGGGGCGGCGUCUUUGACGACGAGAUCCGGCCAGCCCUCAAGCACGCCCAGCGCGGCAUCGUCUCCAUGGCCAACAAGGGCCCCGGCACCAACGGGUCGCAGUUCUUCAUCCUCUUCGACAAGGCGCCCCACCUCGACGGGCUCAACACCGUCUUCGGCAAGGUCAUCGGCGACGACAGCCUCGUCACCCUGGCCAAGAUCGAGGCCCUCGAGGUGGAUAAGAAGAACCGCCCCAAGGAGCCCUGCAGGAUCGAGAGUGUUACUAUCCAUGCGAACCCGUUGGCGGGCUGA